CUUUUUAUAGAGGUGUAUUAGAUUAGUCAAAUCAUCAAAUCAUGUCCUUGUCUCUUGUCUUUUUGCAAGAAUAAUCUGGUGGCAUAUUUAUGUUUGGGUGAAAGAGCCGGUCCCUGUGCAACUCUCCUCAGUACAAGAUAUUCUUAAUGAUGCAAGGCAAGCAGGUGGAUCUAAAGCAAGAAAAGAGAUGGUGUGUGCUAUUUUUCUCACUGCAAUUUGGAAGAUAUGGAAUAAUAGAAAUGAAAAGGUCUUUAAAGGUGUCAGAGCAGCAGCCGCAAAAAUAGUGGAAAAUAUCAAAGAAGCUUCAUUUUGGUGGGUGACUAAAAGAUCUAAAUAUGAGAGCAUCACAUUGGAGAAUUGAGUGUAAAUUUCCAGCAGUGUUUAACUUUGGUGAUUCAAAUUCGGAUACUGGUGCUUUAUCUGCUAUGUUUGGAGAACCUGCUAAUCCUCCGCCUAACGGGGAAGCUUUCUUCCACUCUCCUGCUGGCCGUAGAUGUGAUGGUCGUCUUAUAAUCGAUUUCAUAGCUGAAGAUUUAGGGUUACCUUAUCUCAGUCCAUUUUUGGAUUCAAUGGGAACAAAUUUCAGCAAUGGGGCAAAUUUUGCCACAAUCGGAUCCACUAUCCGACGUCAGAAUACAACCAUUUUCCAAAGCGGUUAUAGCCCAAUUUCCUUAGACAUUCAGUAUGAAGAAUUCUCUUGGUUCAUGAAAAGAUCAAAGUUAAUCCGUGAAAAAGGAGACAUGUUUAAAAACCUGAUGCCGGAAGAGAGUAAGUUUUCUAGUGCAUUGUACACGUUUGAUAUAGGCCAAAAUGAUCUCACCGCUGGGUACGACCUUAAUAUGUCUAUUGAACAAGUUAAAGCUUAUGUUCCUGAUGUCAUAUCACAGUUUACGGAUACCAUAAAGAAAGUGUAUGCCGAUGGUGGCAGAGCAUUUUGGAUACACAACACAGGGCCGGUUGGUUGCUUGCCUUAUAUUAUGGAUACUCAACUGAUCACUGCUGAUCAGGUGGAUAAUCUUGGUUGUGCGGACCUGUUUAAUGGUGUUUCACGGUAUUUUAACCAAAAACUUAAGGAAUCCAUAAUUCAACUCAGAACAGAACUUCCUUUGGCUGCCAUUACCUAUGUUGAUAUCUAUGCAGCUAAGUAUUCACUCAUCGCCCAAUCAGAAAAGCUCGGAUUUGGUGACCCAUUCUUGGUGUGUUGUGGAAUCGGAGGAAAGUACAACUUCAACAAUGCGAGGAGGUGUGGCAGCACGGAAAUAGUGAAUGGUAAACAAAUCUUGAUUGCUAAGUCUUGUGAAGACCCCUCAUCAAGGAUCAACUGGGAUGGGGUUCAUUUCACCGAGGCGGCUAACAAAUGGAUUUAUGAUCAAAUUUCCAAUGGGGCAUUCUCUGAUCCACCCGUUCCGUUAAAGAUGGCUUGCCUUAAUAGAAUUAAUGAUAAAUGACUCUAUAAGUACAUUAUACAGUGAAUGAUCAAAUUUUUGUAUUUACUAAGAUUUUACAUUAUUAUCUGUAACAAUAAACAUAAAGUAAUUCCAUGGGUUUUGAUAUCGUAUCACGACCAUAAUUUAUGUCA